GGCAGCUAGGUUGUCUCCAUCUGUCGUCUGCUGCUUUGUUUUGUGUCCCACCACCCUGCUGAACUGUGGUAGAUUUUGAUCAACUGCAGACCUGCACCAUCGAUACCACGUCCCCACGUCCUCGCAACUGCUAUUGAUUCUGGGAUGCACCUAUCCCUUGACUAUGUAUCCAGUGUAUAUUUGAAUCGAGGGCUCAAAUCAUUCCUUCGCAGCUGUCAGUACAUCUCUCGCUCUCUCUCUCUUAUUUAUCACACCAAACAACAACAAAAUGAAAUAAACACAAAAAAGAGGGUCGCCAAGAGGCGGGAACUCGUCAGAGACACCGGUGAAAGUGGUGUCAAAGCACCUGAUAGUGAAAGAAGGGCAGAGAGGGAGAAGGGUCCUCGGAUGAGCUACUGUGAGCCAUUAUGAUGGUGGUGGUGACGAUGAUGAUAAUAAUAAUAAACAG